GUUGGAAAGCGGCGGCGCUGGCGCUAAUAGUAACAGGUACCUUUGUGACAACAUAAACCAAAAUAGAUGGCUGACAAACCGACAGAAUAAAAUUAUAGAAUACAAAACGCAUAGAUUUUUUUUUUUUUUUUUUUUUUUUUUACAACGAUGUUCCUUUUACAAAUUGUACAUAUAUUUUCAGGACAAAACACACACGAAUCCCAAACUGGAGAGACAGCGGUAACGAAUGGUUUACCUCUGUUGCCUUGGUAAUGAAGACUGUACCCGGUUGAGAUCAGGAGAGACGAUGUCUCUUUUUAAACAGAAGAACUCGACUUUUUACAUUUAGUUAGUUCUUAUUUAUUCGGUUAUUGCCUACCUAUGAUGUCGUCAGAUUACCCACGUGAAAAUGACACUUCUUUUGUCACAAACGGCUUCAGUUUGUCAACCGGAUCUGGAAUGCAGGUUGGGGUGUCUGUGCUCGGAUCAUCUGUACACGAGACUCCAACAAAAAGUGCUGCUCCUAAAAGUAUUGGUUCCACUUCAACCGGUAACAAAAGUCUGGAUGAACUGAGACAGCAUCUGGAAAGACAGACAAGAGAGACACAGAGACUGCAGGAGGAGGUGGAACAGGCAACGAAACUCACCAUGGAGAGAAUGGGCCGCUCGCUCGGAGGGACCUCUCAUGAGCAGCCAGUCAGCCUCAACCGUUCUGUGGAGAACUCUUUAAAUGCCCAGGACAUAUCUGUGUCAAAUCAUGAGCGCCCCUACAGUAAAAACAGCAUGACAUAUAGGCCGGAGCCUGCAGCCACUGGAAGGAGCAUCUCCUUCCCUGGGAAGGAGCACCUGGAGCGGGCUCUUGAAGAGUACAGUCUGCAAGUCAAGGAGCUGCAAAUGAGGCUGAGUGAGGCCCAUGAACUCAAUGAGCAGCAGAAGUUUUACUUCCACCAGUCUAGUGUCGAGCUGCAGACCAAACUGCAGGAGGUGCAGCUGGAGAGAGCCUGCCAGGCUGAUAUCAGAAAAAGGGAGUCAAAAGCCCAAGGUGACUUGAUCAGCAAGCUACAAGUCACGUUAGAAGAGGCCACCAUCAGGACGGAGCAGCAGCAGCAGAAGAGCGAGAUGCAGGAGAUGGUGCUGCAGGAGGUGCGCUCCUCGCUGCUCAGCUACCAGGAACGCAGCGGCAGGAAGGUCUACGAGCAUGAGGACAUCGGCAGCAUGCCCUCCCACAACCUAGGUAGCGCUGUGGGAAAGGUGCUGCACGACAUUGAGGCUGAGGUCUCCUGUCUGAAAGAGGAGCUCCUCCCGAUGGAAGACCAGCUUGAUACUCUUAAAUUGGAAUCUCAAACCAAAGGAGAUAUUAUUAUCAAACAGCACCAGGAAAGAGUGCAGGAGCUCAUUCUCAGUCAUGAACAGGAGGUGGCAGCAUUGACUGACAAACUGAACCAAUCUCACAGCAAUGCAGUCAGCAUCCAGAAACAGCUGGCUAUUGUACAAGAACAGGCAGCAAAUCAGAACGUGAUGUACUUGCGUCAGCUCACUGAGCUGGAGUCCACCGUCUCCCAGCUGCGCUCUGAAUUACGAGAAGCCAAGAGAAUGUACGAGGACAAGGUUUGUGCCCAACACAACUGUGUAUUUUUGAGUUUGAGCAGAAAAGGAGAACGCUGUAUUCGUUGUCAUUUACAGAUCGAGGAUCUGGAGAAGAAGCUCAUCCUGGCUUACUCUGAGGCAGAGAGUGCUCGGAGAGAGUGGGAUGAGUACAGCCGGGAUUCCGGGGAUUUGGACAUGCAGCUACAGCAGCUGAUGAGUGAUCUGCGUAAGACCAGGGAAGAGCUGAACAUGGAGAAGGAGCAGAACAAGCGUCUGUGGGAGCGAGAGUCUGGGAACAGCAUCACCGUUGAUAACCUGAGGAGGGAGCUGGAUGGCAGGAGCAUGGAGGCGCAGCGAAUGGAAACCCUGAUUAAAAGCAUGAAAGAGGAGUGCCGCGUCCUGAUAGACCGCCAGCUAGCUUCAGAGCAAGAUAAGAACGAGGUGCUGGAGAAAGCAUCCUCUCUAAAGAGCCAGCUGAAUGCCACCAAAGAGCAGCUCCAAAAAAUCACAGAGAGCCACAGGGUGUCCCAGGAGAAGACGCGGCAGCUAGAGACCACCCUGGCACAGAUGGAGCGGGCCCUGGAGGAAAACCACAGGGAGAGGAGGAAUCUGCAGCUGAAUCUGGAGAAGAGGAGCCAGGAGGUGCAGCUGAAGCAGACAGAGAUUGAACACUACCAGGAGAAUCUGGAGAAGGGGCUGGGCUCACUGCAGACCAUGAAGGUGGAGGCCGAGACGCUGAAACUGAAGCUGAAUGAAAGGGAGAAGAUGGUAGAGCUGGUGCGUGAGCAGAUGGACAAUGUGACGAAACUCGUCGGGCAGCACAGCCGCAAUGCAGAGCUCAUGCACAGUGAGAAGACACAGCUUCAGAAUGAGCUGAGUGAACGCAAAAUAGACAUUCAGCGUUUAAAGGCCGCAGUGGAGAAGCAGGAGGAGAGAGUCGGGGAGCUGGUGACCAGAGACUCUGAGAAGGAGCAGCUUCUAAAAGCCUUCACUCUAGAGAAGGAGAAGCUCACAGCAAGACUCGAGGGCAAGGACAGAGAGCUUGCCAGACUCACAGAGCAACAUGAAGCACUGAAGAAGAGUCAUUGCAGCAAAAUGAAGGAGAUGGAAAACGCCACAGCCAGAUUGAAUUCACAGCUGAGGAAUGCCAACGCCGAGCUGGAGAAAACAAAACGCACACUGAAGACGCUGGAGGGAGCCGAUGGCCAUGCGGUGAAAGUUGCCAUGGGAAUGCAGAAGCAGAUCACAGCCAAGCGAGGGCAGAUUGAUGCUCUGCAGAGCCGGAUCCACUUUCUGGAGGAGACUGUCGAAAACAUUGCCAAGGCAAGGCGGUCCCAGCUUUCUAAGAGGAAGAUUCCCUUUGACCUUACAGCAUUGCUAAACUUGCUCUGUUUUGACAGAAGUUUGCUGUAUUUUUCAAAAAAAAGUUGCUGUUUGUUUAUUUUUUUUUUUUUCUUUUUCAUUGCUUGUCUCCUACAGGAGAAACGUUUCAUGAAAUCUGAAAUCAACAGAUUGAAUCUGGAGCUAACUAGUGUAUCAGCAGAGAAGAAAAAGUUGAUGACAGAGGUAGAAGCCGUCCAGUCCUUGGAGAAACAUCUAAGGGAAAAAGUAAUCAGACUGGAGGAUGCUCUCUCAAAGGCAUGUGAUCGGUUUGCUGAAUGCCAAGUCGGAAUCCAGCAACAAGAGCAGGAAUGUAUGCGUCUGAAACUGCAGCAUGCUUUGGAUGUGAAGGAACUUCAGGUUCCAAAGUACAGAACAUCACAGCCUCUGUCUGCUUACACUGCCAACUUGCCGAGCUCCCAGCUCACCUCCGGAUACCUCUCUGCACCUAAAACCACAGUUGUGCAAGCAGACCCAGCGCACGAUAUCAAGAAGCUUCUGAAGGAGCUGAGGAGCAUGAUCCAGGAAGACCGCAACGUCUCGGCUCCUGCCAAGAACAGCACUGAUGUGGAGACUCCCGCUUCCCCAUGGGGAAACAAGGAUGCAACACGUGAUGUAACAAAAGACACUGGUGGAAGAAGUGUAAGAUUCAGCAGAGAUCCCCCAAGCUUGCAUACUGUGGACCUUGAAGAUGAACUCAGUUUAAACACUCUGGGGCCUGAGGGAUUUGAACCGUCCUUUAUUUGUGUGGCCCCCCGGUUCACCUCCUCUCCCAGGAAGCAUUCUCCAGAGACCCGAUCUCCAGUGCACUCUCUGCUCACUGCCCCGCUGAGCAGCAGACCCCAGCAGCCAGGACGUAGCGGAGGAGCUCCCAUGGAGGAAGUCAGCAUAGGACACCAGCAGGUAGAAAUGACUGGACAGGCCUGUGUGAAACUGCAGGGCAGACUGGACAGCCUGCAGAACCUGGUUGAAGAUCUACAGAUUAAAAAUAAAGAAAUGUCCUCCAUGAUCCAAAGUCAAGAGAAAAGGAUCAAGAAAGUGAAGGACCGGGAGAAGCUGUCAACUAACUGAAAGGAAUCCAAUCAUUUUGACUUUGCCAGUGCGUGCAGUUAUCAACUCUGGUAUCUUUUAAAUAGUUUACCCAAUAAACUAGAUGAGUUCAAGUGCCUUAGAAAUAAAUAUAAAGUGUUAUUUUUACGUAGGUAAGAGUAGAACUGUUUGCCUUGUAUAAAAUUAUAAAAAGGUGCUUUUGUUUUCAUACACAGGCAAA